AUGCUUCGCAUAAUCGCACAAGCAGCUCGCGAGGAGGAGGACGACGACUACGCGCCGCCACAUCUUUCUCCUCCUCCACCUUCGCACCACCGCCGCGAUGCUCCUCCAUCGGAGGAUGAUUUCCUCCGAAUCGACCUCGAUGGAUGGGACAACGGAGAAGAAGAGGCCGAGGAUGAAGAAGAAGGCGAAGAAGAAGAAGAAGAAGAGGAGGUGGAGGAGGAGGAGGAGGAGGGCGAUGGCGAGGAAGAAGAGGAGGUGAAUUUGAACGCCGAUGAGAACGAGAACGGCGGAGAGAAUCGGAGCGAAGUCCAUCGAGGAGAUGGAGACGGUCGAUCGGAUAGAGACGUAGACGUUGACGACGAGGAAGAUCGGAGGAGGCGCCGCGAAAUUCUCCGCCUCCGAAUCCGCGAUUUUGCGACCAGAACCAGGACAGGGAGGAAUCGGAUUCUUGAUUGGGCCGAGAUCCUGAUGGGACUGGAGGAUAACUCGAUCGAAUUCCGUCUCGAAGUCCCUGAAUCAGAUAGAUACAUAGGCAAUCCAGAGGAUUACGUCGAUGCUGCCGGGUACGAGGCGCUGCUGCAGAACCUAGCCGAUAGCGAAGGCGGCAGGAAAGGCGCUCCUCCAGCGUCGAAAUCAGCCGUGUCUGCUUUACCGGCGAUUGAGGUAACAGGCGAGCGGGAGACUUCGGUGUGUGCUGUCUGUAAGGAUAUGAUCAGUGUUGGUGAGAAGGAAACGAAGUUGCCAUGUGGCCAUGGAUACCAUGGAGACUGCAUUGUGCCAUGGCUGGGGUCGAGGAACUCUUGCCCGGUUUGUAGGUUCGAGCUGCCGACUGAUGAUACAGAGUACGAGGAUGAGAAGAGGAAGAAAGGGGUAGCUGCUGCUGCCUCCGGUGGUUGGGGAGCUUCGGCCUCUGGUGCCGGAGAUAGUUCAGGUUCCUCCAUUUGA